AGAGACCCCCCCAGCAUCAGAGCCUCCCAAGUCCCAGCCGCUCUGCCCAGGCGAGCCCCCGGCUGCUCCGCGAGCCCCGGCGCCAGGCGGUCGCCCCGUCCCGGGGCAGUGCAGCGAGGGAUGAGCGUGCGGCUCGCGUCCGGAGGCGCCUGGCGAGCCCUGGGCUUGCUGGGGCUGGUGCUGCUGCUGGACCCGGUGGGCGCCUGGUACAAACACGUGGCCAGCCCCCGCUACCACACGGUGGGGCGCGCCUCGGGGCUGCUCAUGGGCGUCCGGCGCUCCCCGUACCUCUGGCGCCGGGAGGAGCGCGGCGAGCGGCAGCGGCAAGACCCCCGAGCGGCCGGGCCGUGGAGCCGAGCCCCGCCGACCCCCGCCAGAGGCGACCCCCUGGCGCUGGCACGCCUGGCCCUGCAGGACUUCCUCGCCCGCCGCAGGCUCGCUCCGCGCCAGCCCGCCCUGGGAACAGACGCCAGCCGCCUCCCGCAGCCACCGGCUCCCUGGAGCAGAGACCGGACCCGGCCGCAGCAGCGGGGCAGCGAGGAACGACUCAGGGACUUCAGCCUUUCUGAGGUUAAGAUAUAGCUCCUCUUCUGCUCAGCUCUCCCGUCAGACACACUCGAAGAACAGUGGUUGCCUGACUUGAAACUGUUUCCUGCAAUGGACAGGGAAGAUACUCCAAGCCGGUUCUCCUGAUACUCUGAUUUCUAUGAAAACAUAUAGACACUUGCCAUUAAAAAAAAUCUCUGUGGUUUUCUACCAACUGUGCAAACACAGUGAUAAAUCUCUGUUGUUUCCAAGUUGACUUAGUGCUAUAACCAUGGAGAAAAAGAGAAGAUAUUUAUUUUGUUUAUUUUUUAGAUCUCUGUAAUAGCUUCUUAGCAAUAUCACAGCAAUAUGUACUGUUUGCUUUCUAGGAAUCUGCACUCAUUAAAAUUACAAUGAA